GGACUGGGGGAGAAAGCUGCAUCCAUCUCUGCAUUGGAAGAAUCCACUGGAUUGGGAGAAGAAGACCAACGCCACAGGCUCCAUUACCCACGUCUGCUCAGAGACCCAGACCGAGACUGCGCACAGCCAGAAAAAAAACUAGAGAGAGAUAUUUCAGGAUGUAGAGAGAGAGAGGGAUAGAUACAGGGAGAGUCAUAGAUUUAGCACAAUAGAGAUAGAUAAAUAUAGAUUUGUAUAUAGACGGGAGGCAAAACAGGGCCGGUGCUACCUGCUGGGAGGUGCAAUGAGGCUGUGUUAUCGAUACUGGCCAGACGCAGUUUGCAGCAACAGCAGCAGGGCAUUCCUCCGGCUGGAUGUCUGUUAUUCUGAGGCAGUGCUGUGAGUGGUGCGUAGUACCACCAAAUCCAGCACGACUGUGGCGGGGGAGAAAAUCUCUGACAUGCCCACGGAGAUGCUUCAGUCAGAAGGCGUGGGCAAGGAUGUCACCCUACCUGCUGCCACAGCCGGCCCGGCUCAACCCGGCACGGUGCCAUUGCGGAUCCUCAACAAGGGGCCUGAAUACUUCCGCAGGCAGGCCGCAGAGCAGCACCAACCCCAUCGUAUGAGUGCCGUGGAGAGGCUGGAGGCGGACAAGGCCAAGUACGUGAAGAGCCAAGAGGUGAUCAACGCCAAGCAGGAGCCUGUGACGGCUGCUCUACUCCUGCCCAGCCCUCCUGGACCCCCUGGUGGCCCUGCAUAUGGUCCCAAGAGAGCUGGCAGCAGCCCUGCCCUCAAAGCCUCCAACAAAAACAACGGUAAAUCUGAUGUGGGCCAAGCCAAGCGUGCCAACCUCAAUUUAGAGAUCCUGCGGAACCUUCUCAACAGUUCAGAGAGUUGCAUGGUGGGCCAGGGGAAUGGGGCGAGGAGCUGGGCCCCACAGCGCUCCCGGUCCAGCGAGCUUCACCGCCGCUCCUUUGCUGAGUCGCUGCGGGUGUUCCCCACGCAGGGUGCCAACCUCAAUCUGAGCGCCAGCCUCCUGCAGGAGCGGCCUGUCGAGGGCCUGCUGCACCUCUCACUCAGCUCCUCAGACUUGCGCUUGCCCCUCCGUGUGAAACCCGGCAUUAGCGGUGGCUCCGGCCCGCCCCCGCCACCCAAACCCCAUGCCUCUGUUCCCCGGAGACCAUCCCUGAACCGGUCCAAAUCUGACCUGAGUGAGCGCUAUGCCCGGGCAGGCGCUGACGUGGAGCGCUUCUUUAACUACUGUGGGCUGGACCCCGGGGAACUGGAGGGCCUCGGUGUGGUGGAGAGCUUUGCCCGGGCCAACUCCGACCUCCUCUCCCUCAACUUCCGCAGCGCCAGCAUGAUCAGCUCCGACUGCGAGCGAUCGCUACAUAGCAACGACAACCUGACAGACGACGCGGACUCGGCUGAGCGCGUCCCCUACGGAAUAUCUGCCGUCGAGCGCAAUGCACGCGUUAUCAAAUGGCUGUAUAGCAUCAAACAUGCACGAGAGUCUCAGAAAGUCUCCCAUGUUUGAGAGGACUCAAGCUUUAUUAGGUCAUGAUUAGCGGAACUAGCUACAAAAGGCAUUCAUAACCCCAUCCAUAAGCACUAAAUAAAUAUAAAUACUAUAUAGGUAUUUGAUAAACGCUUUGUGAUGUAUUGAACAUAGCAUCUUACAGUGCAUUUAUGUGAAAGUAUAAUAUCAUUAUUGAUAUUUUUGAACCAUUUGUAAAUCAAUAGUAAACUAUAAAUCAUCAUGUAUUAUGCAUUUGCUUAUUUAUUAACAGUAAGUUAAUACAAUUGAAUUAUUUUUUAUUCAUUAUCAUGCCAGAUGUCAUAGCACUAAUGUAACUCAUGAAGACAUCCAGAAACACUAUGAAAUAUCUACAUGAUAAAGAAAAGUAAAAUGUGUAAACAUAAAACACUUGUUGGAGUACAUAUGCAUAUGUAAAGUAAAACAUGCAUAUGUAAAGUAAAACAUGCAUAUGUAAAGUAAAACAUGCAUAUGUAAAGUAAAACAUGCAUAUGUAAAGUAAAACAUGCAUAUGUAAAUUAAAACAUGUAUAUGUGUAGUAAAACAUGUAUAUGUGUAAAGUAUGUAUUGAAUCAUCGACGACAGGCCUUAUACUGUAUAAAGGUAAACACGGCUAUAUGGAUUACUGUUUAUAAGAAUUUCAAAAGCAGGCAUUCAAAUAAAAAUGUUUCCAAUUACAAAACCUUCCCACAAUUCAAAUUUGGACCUAAGGACUGCUAACCAAAGUUCCAACGAAAGGACAAGACAUACCUACACGCUGGUGGCAGUUCGAACGCCUCUGACCACAGAACAAUGGCCUUCCUUUUCAUUUCCCUACGGUUCUACAUGUUGAAUCGACACCGUCCGUUGACACCCAGCAGGUGAUCUACUGCGCACGGCCAACAUUCGUGUUGGUCUGUCUAGUCCAUUAAGGAUAAGAUGCACUAUAGGGUGAUGCUAUGUCAAACUGUGACGUUUUCAUAUGGUAACCCUAUAAUGCUGCUGUUUCAUCAUGUUUACCUAGUGCUUACAGUAAGGUUGUAAAUGCUCCCUGUAGACACAGUGGAUGUAAUUCAUUAUCCAUUAUGCAUUAUUUGAUCUACAAUAGGUAUCUGUGGUCCUGAAAACAUUGUCCUGUCAGCCUGCAUGCUUCCCCAAACCUGCAGUUCUCAGACAGAACCUUGAUUUUAAGAUGGCUGCUGUCGUACCUUACUAUCUUUAAAGAAAACAGGGGGAAAUACGAGUUAAGCAGCAUUGGCACAGUCAGCAUUGUCUGGGUUCAUGGACUGUUACUCAAAGUCAUUCCCGAGGCUGAGCGCAUUAUGUCCUGCUAUUUGCUCUUCAGUGUUGAUGCUUUGCUCCUGUGUGCUUUGAUCAAUACCCACGUGUGUGUCUGUGUCCAAGCGCUGUGUGAAUAUAAACUCUUUAGCUGGCAAAGCAUGUUAUCAACUUCUAUUUGUUUUUGUACUGGUUCUGUAGUUCCCUCCAUGUGGUCACUGUUGUGUUCAUUUGGCGAAUUAGGACCGGAUGGUUGCGUUUGGGGACUAUUGGCUUGCUCUAUGUGUCAACGCAUCACCAAUGCAAUGUACCAGUGGCCCAAGAUCUUUUUGUAUUGUAUAAUGUAUACUGUAUAAGGACAUGCAUAGCACUUCAACUGGUACCAUAUCUAUGAAAGACUCAAUUCUGCUUGUUACUGUAUUAAAUAGCUUAUUAACUGCU